AUGAAAGGAAAAGCGGGCAACGAGAGGCAACUCCCAUUUAUGACGCUCUGGAAGCCGGAGUUUGAAACGUGGCCUGGCUACUACGAGUUGAACUGGAUGACUUCAGACGAAAAGUUCUACACAGGUUUGUUUGUGGUGCAGAUCUUGAACUUGAUAGCCGCCUUCUUCUUGCUCUUCGCGUCGGUCUCUCUUAUGUAUGGCAUUCACGUGGUAAGUGUGUGCAUUGUUGAAAUUUGAGU